UCAGCCCUGGCAGCUGGUGCCUUGGCCUCGCAGAGGAGUUCAGUCAGGGCAGUGCCUCUGUGAAGUGAAGGGCUCGUGCCGGGAGAGGCGCCAUUGGGAACACUGCUCAUGGCGGCGACCCUGCGGGAGCGGGAAGCCGUUGGGAUCUGAAUUCAACACAUUUGCCUUUGUCUCCCGACCUCUGAGAGCAUAACACUGCUAAUCGCCUUUAUCCCAUCCGUAGAGAUUUGUGUUUAUUUACUGCAUCUUCAUCAUUUUCAUUAUUAACUUGCAUAUUACCGAGAUCACGAUGGUUUGACUCUAAUCAUCGGAAGUCCAUCGCCGAACGCAAGCAUGACGAGCAACGCCAUCCGAGGGAUCCGGAGGAAGAAGUCCUCGCUCUCCGAGGUGAAGAUCGCGGUGGUGGGCGGCCCCGGCGUGGGCAAGAGCGCGCUCAUCGUGCGGUUCCUCACCAAGAGAUAUAUUGGGGAAUAUGAUCACCAGGCAGAACAGAGAUACAGGAACGAACUGUUAGUAGACAACGAACCUGUUCUUUUUGAGAUACUCGACACUUGCAGCAAGAGCAUGGACGCGCUGCCCUCGUCCGAGGUCAUCGCGUGGGCCGACGGCUUCCUGCUCGUGUACUCCAUCACGGACCGCCAGAGCUUCAACUGGGUCAAACGGGUGCGCCUCCACAUCGCCGAGCGCAAGGGGCGGGGCCUGAGCGCCGCGACAACACUCACGCCCACGCCGCAGGUGCCGUCCGGGGUUGGAGGAGACGUCUCGCCCACGAACAUGGGUCCGCCCAUGGUGCUCCUCGGAAACAAAGCGGACAUGGUCCAUCUGCGGCAGGUGUCGACGGAGGAAGGCGAGAUCCUGGCCAAGGACCUGGAGUGCUCCUUCAGCGAGGUGGCGGCGUCCGAGCAGGUGCACCAGGUGGCCGGCGCCUUCCACGAGCUCUUCCGGGAGGUGCAGAACGUGCGCAAGCGCAGCAAGACGUCCCUGCUGGACCGCGUGCUGGGCGCCAAGGCGACGCGCAUCUACGUGCGCGGCAAGAGCGACUCCGCCCUGCCCAAGGACUGACUAUUGAAGCUCAUGUUGUAGGGAACUUCAGAACUCUGCCACUUCUGACGAAGGGCGCCACGCCUCGGGGACGCCCGACGUCCUCGCCAGCGCCCUCUCCCCAAGCUGAGGACGUAACGCCAGUCAUAGCUGGGCAGCACGGGUGGCACCUGUCAUGUGGGUGAUCGAAUGUGUCACGUCUGUCAUGACAGAGAGAAGAGCCAUGGUAGUUGCCAUCUGUCAUGUAAGGUUACAAAAGAAAAUAAUAUCAUUUUUAUUACAAAAUUUAUUAUGAUAAAAACAUAUUCUUAUUGACCUCUGAAAGAUUGAGGUCACCGCGACCUGUCAUGACAUAGGUCAAGCCCGUUUUUUCGAAAUCCUCAAGAGGUCAUGACCGAUCUAGAUUUACGGUAAACUAGGACCAGCCAAGUUGCUUCGUCUGUCACUCGAAAGUCCAGCGGGCACCAUAAUGUCAUACAUUGGUGUUGGAAAAGAUAUUGACGCAUGGCAUCUUUUGUUAUUCGAAACGUUCCUGUUAGACAUAU